UGUAGUUUAGAAUGCCAUGUAAAAAGGUAUCAGUUUAAGAAAGAAAGGCAUCAGUUUAAGAGCCUAUGCUGUACAAGUAAAGCUUAAUAGGAGCUUAAAGAGCUACUUUACUGCUUUUUAUGCCCGUAAGUAAUCUAAUUGUCAGGAGUUAUUUUUCAGGAGCACUAAGUAUUUAUGCUUCAGUCCGCAGAACUACCAACAUAGUCGCUACUCCUACCUUAGUCCAGAGAAUAUGAAAGUUCUCUACAUUUACGUACAGAAAAAAAUAGUCGUGCCUGUUGUACUUAUCACGUGACGCAACGAACGAAUAGGGGAGUUUCCGGUUCCGUUUCCCGAUACCGUUUCCAUGUGCCGCUCAGUCGCCGGAAGGGGCCGGUCUUUUGGGGCUCCUCUACCAAUGGCUUUGCGGUGGCUGCAUCACGUGGAGCAGACGUUAUAAAGGGUAAGGGGCGGAGUCCUUGAGUUCCUAGGCCGGCUGGGACCGCACCGUCUAGGUGUUAGUUUGUCCUUAAUCUUGCUUUUGAGCUUUGGAUUUCUCCGCCGAUAGCUUUUUAAUUGAUGCUCACGUUGGCAAUUUAUAGAUCUCAUAGAAGGGGGAAGACAUGCUACUGCUUGAGGUCACCUCUAAAGGAGCUGGCCUGAAUCCUAAUGCCAAGGUGUGGCAGGAGAUCUCAUCAGCUCCUAGUGAAGCUCCUGUUGACGGCGGUGACGGUUCCCAGUGGCAGCAAAUGUCCCCCACUGACAUCACUGGAGGUUUGGGCAAAGCAGGGUUUUCGGAGGCUCCUCCUGCAGAACAUAAACCUGGCAGUGGGGAGCUGACACACCUUGCAGAUGGCGGCUCGCCCUCUCUGUCUGAGGCUGUCGUCAAUGGCGACCUUGCCUUUACAGUCUACGAGCCAGUGUCUGGGCUUGCUGGUGAUGUAUCACAGGAGCAGCCAGUUUCACCAGAGAACUUGCGUGAAUCUCUCAAGAAGCAGCUGGAGUUCUGCUUUUCCAGAGAGAAUUUGUCCAAAGACUUGUACCUGAUGUCUCAAAUGGACAGUGACCAGUUCGUUCCCAUCUGGACCAUCGCCAGCAUGGAAGACGUCAAGAUUCUCACCACCGAUAUGGACCUCAUCUUGGACGUACUGCGUGCCUCUCCCAUGGUGCAGGUGGAUGAGAAGGGGGAGAAGGUCCGUCCCAACCACAAGCGCUGUAUCAUCAUUCUGAGGGAGGUGCCCGAGACCACACCUGUAGAGGAAGUGGAGGCUCUCUUUAAAAAUGACGGCUGUCCCAAGGUCAUAAGUGUUGAGUUUGCCCACAACAACAACUGGUACAUUACAUUCCAGUCUGAUACGGAUGCCCAGCAGGCUUACAGAUACUUAAGGGAAGAGGUGAAAACGUUUCAGGGAAAACCGAUCAUGGCUCGGAUAAAGGCCAUCAACACUUUCUUUGCCAAGAACGGCUACCGUGGCCUGGACUCCAGCAUGUACUCGCCUCAGUCCCAGUCUCCGUCCCAGUACAGCUCCCCUCUCUUCAUGCAGCAGCUCUACGGCCCCCAGCAGCAGUACCCGCUCUAUGGCAUCGUCCCGCCGGCGUGGGCACCCUCGCCGACGCCCUACUUUGAGACACCCUUGGCUCCCUUCCCAAAUGGUAGCUUUGUCAACGGGUUCAGCUCACCCAGCACUUACAAAGCUACCUCUGGCUCCCUCAGCAUCGGGCGGCCCUUCCACAGAAACCGUGUCCCCCUGUAUUCCAGAAAGAAUGUAAUAAAUGCCUUCAGGAAUCAUGUGAAGCCCCACCAGCGAGCUAGUGAAGGGACCCCAACCUCGACUGCGCCUCUGCCCCUGACGGAUGGGCCUCGCAGCCCUCAACCCACAACACGUGCCGGGGCGGCCCUUUUGGUGCCAGCUGAGCUGAACCUCCCCUUCCCCUCGAAGGACGGCCACCUACCCACCACAGAAGCUAACGGCGAUAUCACCCUGGCUGGCCGUGGCAGGAGAGCUGCUCCACGAGGCAUGCGUCGCAGGCGAGACGAUGAACGUGCCGUGAGACUGCCCCCUCUGAAUGAGGUCAAGGUUCCGCCCCCCAAGUUUGAUCUGGCCACCUCCAACUUCCCACCCCUGCCUGGCUGCGUAGUUAGCACCCAGGAGGAACCCGUGCUGGAGAACCGGCUGUCGGACGUGGUGCGAGGUCUGAGCCGGGACAAGCCUGAUGGAAACAAGGAUUCCCCAGUCACUUCCACCAGUGGCCCCGAGGAGGAAAUCACUGUUCCUGGUCCAGCCCAGUCCAUCUGCAAGCCUGUGCCAGUAGCCUUUGAGUCUCAGGGCUCCAGCGUCACCCAUCCGGAAAAGAAGGCUGAACCCCAAGUCCAGAAAGACCCUCCCCACGUUUCAGCUGCUAACUCCACAGUCCUCCUGGCUCCCUCUUCACAGCCAGUGCUCCCACAGCCAGUGCUCCCACAGCCAGCCCACACCACUAAAGCUUUACGCAGCCAGCCGAACGCCUGUGCCGGUCCCGUAGCUUCGGCCCCAAACAGCAACAGCACACCAGAGCCCCGCAAGUUAAGCUAUGCUGAGGUGUGUCAGCGACCGCCCAAGGACCCUCCCCCUCCGACCGCCCCUGCAGCUGCCCCCACCCAGCCCCUGCGGGAGCUCCGGGUAAACAAGGCAGAAGAUGCAAGCGGGCAUGGUCCUGCGGACCGGCCACGUACUGGGCAUGGCCCCGGAGAACGACCAGAUAAAACCCCUGAGAGGCCGGUGGGAGGCAAGUCAACUGAGGUCCGACCACAGCGCGACUCCCUUGGCUCGCACCGUGGCAACGGGCCCCCCCAGGCCAAUGGCACGGGCCUCAAACUGCGUGAUCAGCAGAGACGUCUCCCCUUAGCACACCGUACCUCCCCGCAGGGGGGGCCCAGGCGCAGUGGCAAAGAGCAGAAUGUCCCCCCAAGAUCGCCAAAGUAAAACUGAAGAACGAAUGUACAUGUAUGCACAGAGAUGAAUAUAUAAAAAUAUAUAUUAUCAGAUUUAAAAGCGACUGAUCCUAACAAGACAGCGUUAUUUCCCUCCCUGAAUGGUGUGGAAACCUUUGGGAAUCUUCUUACAAAACCAGCAGAAGAUGGUAUCCAGAGGUGUGGACUUUGGAAGGCAGUAGAUGGAGGAGGGAGGUGAACUCAUCUCAUUUAGUUUGAGGAAUCGGUCCUCAGGAUCCAUGUGUGUGGGGUUUGUGUUUUUUUUUUUUUUUUUUGUGGGGUCGCCGCCGGUUCCUUUGGGGAGAAAAAAAUAAGCAUUUUGUAUUUUACCUUUUGGGUGAAAGUUUAGACGAGCACUAAGAAAACCUGCAGUUAUGAACAUGAACUGGUCUCACCUGAACAAGAGAAUAAUCUUCCGUGAUGAAAUGUGACUCAAAUUUGUAAUAGUUAAUUUGGCAACAAUGUGAAUGAGUUUUGAAUCUGACUUGAGUCGGUGGGUUUGGGACUGUUUCUGGGGGAGGGGGGUGGAGUCUGGGUAGGGAUUUGAUUGGCUUGUUUGCCAAAGCAGAAGCCAUGGAGGAAACCUUCCUGAACUCAGCUUCAUACUGGUGGGUCUUGCACCUCCAGUCAGUGCCCUGCUUUUCACCAGUUGGAUUGUUGGUUGAGACCCUCCAGAGCCACCUCAGAAACAGCCCCAUUUUAACAGCAGGUCCCACCCACCACUGGAGACCCUGCCCUCUCUCAGAGCGCCUGCUAUCUCACCACUGCUCAGCUGCUCCCAUCCGGCAGGACCACUGUUAUGAGCCUGUCAUGAACAGGUCCGGUUGUUCCGGUGACAUAACCAUGUCUGAUGCCAUCUUGUGUCUCCCUUGGGUUCCCUCUCUCCUGUUAUUGAAUGUAUUAGUGUUUACAACUUUGUGGCUGAGUUUCGGGGAGGGCGUGAGGUGUUACCCGUGAGCUGGCCAUCUUGUUGGAGCUGUGGUGUAAUCGGCAGUCUCUCUGUCACACUAACAAGCUGCAUCCUCUAAUCGGUCUCUCAAUUGCUGGUACAAUAAUUCAGAAGUAGUUCCGGGUUAAUCCACUAAGAUCAGGUGUUUACUGAUGUUAUGCUUGGUCCUCAUUUCUGCGCUGACAUGACUCAUCCCAGCAACUCUGCACACUUGGGUCAGACUAGCUGCUUCAGCUACUCUUGCAACCUCUAAGAGCAGAGAGUAUCGGCGGCUGGGAUGAACUUGCCGCGGCACUUCUGGUGGGGGUGGGAUGCGUUCUUGAACCGCUCUGCUUUCCUGUUUAGAUCAGUAGCAGCAGGGGGGGGGUGCCCUAAUUAUCAGAUUAUGGUCAUUUGCUUUAGGGAUCCGGUGGUUGUAAAAUCAAAGGAGGCCUGUAUUGGGUUGGAUGGUCCUCCUACACGCCAUUUCUCUCCACAGUUGAGCCCUAGAUGUGAGGCCUGAGCUGGCCGCUGCUUUGGGCCGUGAUGUCGGCAGCCACACCGAUCGCCUGGUUUGCAUGACAGAUUGCUGUUCAUGUCACUCCCUGCAGCAUGUCAGUCAUUUCUAACAACUUUGCCCAUAGAGAGAUCAUAGGCUUCAGUCUGUAUCCUAUAAAUGCUGCACUGGUAAUCGCUCCGUAGUGCAAACCUCGAUUUGGCUCAGCGCGCUCAAGCCUUAUCGUUAUAAGUGCGUUCUCUUCUUGGACGUGUUCAUGAGAGCCUCUGAAGACCAGUAAACAGUUCAUUGUUGUUGGCAUGAAAGUAAAUCUGCACAUUAAUCAUGGCAGGGAGCUGUAGACUCUUCUGCUGAAGAUCCUCCCUCUUGGGUUUUUACAUCCUGUGGGCAUUUGUGUAUCCACCCCCCCCCACCCCAAAAAAAAAGGUAAUUUUAGUAGUGCUAGUGGAUGCUGAUGUUUUGGAUGCCAGAUUGGUACAGAUAUACCAAACGGGUUAGUAGGAAUGGCCAGUUUCAGCUCUGCCGUUAUGGCUGUGACAUUGGUGGAGUCCAGUGCUAAAAGUAUAAACUGGAGUGGAGUUUUGGAGUGGAGUCGGGUCUGUUUGUAAGACUAAACAUUUCCUCAGUGAUGGUCUGGACCAUCUGAAAGGAGCUGACUGUGAACAGGAAUGCCGUUCACUAUGAUGAGAUUCCCUCUCCUGUUGCCGAUGGUAACCCAGGCAGUGAUCCGGGGUUUCCCAUGGUCCCAAUGGGCUUGGAGUGGGCGAUGCUUUGGUGAGGGGAUCCCAGAUAUUCAUAUUCCCCAGAAGUAUAUAUAUUUAUAUUUAAAGUGGAAUAUAUGAAAAUAAAUGAAGUGUUUUUUUUUUGUCUAAGUAUCAUAUGUAUGUCUUGCCGCUACUGUUAUGGAAAAAUCGUUUUAAAGUGGAGUGUGUUGGCAAUGGCUGGACACACCUAAUGCUUUUGAGUGUUGUGUCCCUAUAUAUUCAUCUGCUCUUCCCCCCAAAUGAGUGUCGGAGGGUAACCAAAAGGCUUCUUAUCACAGGUAUAUUUACUUAUUUCUUACACCACCACCACCAUCCUCUCACUGUUCUUAACCAGGUUAAGUACUUCCAAGACCAAAGGCAAGCUGGGCCAUUUCACCAUGGUUACUCUGUUCCAUCCUCUGUGUAUAGGCCAGAUGGCCCUUUUUCUGUUAGAUUUCUGAUCUUUUGGGGCAAAGUUUCUUUUACCUUCACUGACAUAAAAUGGUUUGGCACUUAGCCAUGCGAUAUAUCAUGAAUUAAUGUUAGAUCCAGUAGACCUAACCUUGAUCUGAGCAGCUGUCAUUGAUUAAAAGUCUAGGUUUGAUUAGUGUUUUUCUUUUUUAUCCUUAUGUACCAUGCUGUUUAUGUACAGGUUUUUGUUUCAUUAGUAGUGUGAAAUAGUGUUCCGUACUACUCUUUGUUUAUAUGGUUUAAGACUAGCUGACAGCAUCUUUGGUGCAUCAACUGGUAUGAAGUGGAGCAGGUGUGCUGCAAAGCCUCGGGGUAGCUUGUCUUUACUAACAGCGUCUAGUGCUCUUGUCAAACGGGACGAGUGUGAAAAAUGUCAUGUGAUGUGUGCAAUCAUUUUUAGAGUGUGUUCAAUGUUAGCAAGCUUUCUGAAAUCUGCAGGAAUGUGCUUUUAUUUGACUAGGCCUCUAUGUAUAGCAGUAGAUGAGUGUGAAACAUUUUGCAGUCUAAACAAAACCUGUUUCAAAAGAAAAUAAAGUACAGUGAUCUUGUUUUGGCCUUAAAGUGUUUCUGGGUCAUGCGUGUGCAGCGUUGCCGUUAAGCUGGCACUCUGGGCUCUGUAGCCCCACUUGGGAUGUGGUGGACCAGUCGCACAUCCCAUAUGUAUGUGCUUGGCAGCAUGAGGUGACCUGUAGGAUGAGUUUUAACAGCUUGCCUCCAUUAAAAACACAGUAUCCACCCAUUCUCCAGUGAGAGCCGUUUCACCACUGUUAUGUAAGAGAGAAACUAGCCAAAAUGACCGUGCCUUGCGUAUCGCCGCUCCCUAUCCGAGAGACUGCAUUAAACACCGCAGCCGUCAGGUCUACCCUCAAGUUGGUAAUUCCCACAGAACCUUCAGGAACUUCACGCAUUGCUCCUGUUUAUGGUGUCACGUAACACCCUUUUUAUUCCUUAUGGUGACCAAAUAAACCUUUGCUUUAAUGCAGGAAUUUUCUUUUAUUUUGCUGAUGUCUGAAGCGACCACGUCUCCCCCACACAUCCACCCUUAAUUAGGCCACGUUUCACACUUGCUACAGCAUGGUGGUGGAUCUGCUAAAGAUUGGCUGUGAACUGAAUGGCUUCAGUAAACAUGGCUUAUUACAGUGCUAAUAUGUAAAGCUUGGUGGCUGUGGGUGUUUCAGCAUGAUGGUCCAGUAACCAUUCGGGCGAUCGGCGAUGUCAUUCUCUGACGCUGGGUAGGGUGGCCCUCCAUUUGCUUUUUGUUUUUUUUUUUUUUUGUUUUUUUUAAAGAAAAACAUCUUAACUACAAAGCUGUCCACUUAUUUCUGGGCUCUUGAACUCAUAAGGUAGAGUAACUGGAUCAGUCACUACUGACUGCUUGUUCAUAGUCAUGUUUCAAUGAUUCUUAUGCUAAAAGUGUUUAUAUUUCCUCUGACCCUUGAUGUCUACUUGGUUCUGAAUCUGUGCUUUAAAGUGCAUAAUCUGUAGACUUGAUUUGUCUUUAGGCCCCAUUAAUGGUUCUGUCUACAGAGCUGCAAGAGAUCUUUUGUUUCAUUAUAGCAGACAGGGAUGACUGUAAAAACAAAGUGUCCAUCUUUACAGUAUUGAUCUUUGCUUUAGGUGUGUUUUUUAUCACAGCCAAUUAGUAAGGAAUGUAGAGUAAUUUAUCAGAGUUAGUCUAAUAUGAUAACAUUCUUGAAAUGUGUUUUUUUUCCACACCUUGCAAUUAUUGAGUUGCCCCACCCAAUGUGUGUGUAAUUAGGACUAACAAACUAAACCAAGACAUUCAUGAACUGACAGCUUUGAAUUCUGUAACUGCAGAACGUUGUGUGCUUUUAUGUGAUCAGCUGUUUCCAUAUAUGCUAGUCAUUUCAAAUGUUGUCAUUGCAUUUUUGGAAGUGACAGGGGUUACCCGAACAUCAAGACCGCUGAUGCCGAUCCCCAAACAUUUGGGGUGUUUGUAUCGGUCAGGUUUGCAUACCCCUUUCUUUGUGCAUGUCUGACUUCAAAUUUGUUUGCUAAAAAGAGUUCAAUUUUUUGUAAAUGAUCAAAACAGCAAAUCAACAUGAAGAAGGUGAUGCGUCUAAUCAAUACUAGGGGUUUUUGUUUCAAUGAAACUACUGUGUGAUCUCAGCUAUAGGAAUUUUUUAUUUUGCUUAAAUCCCUUUAAUACCAAAGUUGUUGCUGGGGUGUGGGGGUGGGAGAGAGCAGAGUGUGUGUGCGUGCCUGUAUCUUACAUGUUUGUCACUUACCUUACUGUUGCUCUGUUUUGCAUACUUUUCUCAGUGGGAUGGGUGAGACUGUACUGGAGGGGGGGGACAUGGACUUAAGUAAUGCAACAACCUGCUAGCUUAAAAAAAGCAAAAAUCCACUCUUCCUGUUGAGUUUGCUGGAACACAAAGUAAUUAUACCUGAUAUCUGAUUGCUGAUUGUGUUAUUGCAAAGGUGAAAAAUACAAAACAAAAAUCUAAUAAAAUUUAUCUUUAAACA